ACUGUUUUUCAGUGAUUUGUUUUCUCUCUUCCUCCUACAGACAGAUGUUGCAGUCGCCACAGGAAGUGGGGUUAAUCGCCAUAGCAGCACGUCAGACACAGGGCAAAGGCCGCGGGGGGAACGCCUGGUUGAGUCCGCCGGGAUGCGCCAUGUUCACGCUCCACCUGCAGCUUCCUGUGAACUCACGCCUCGGACAGAGGAUCCCCUUCCUGCAGCACCUCGCCGCCCUCGCCGUGGUGCAGUCUGUGCGCACGCUGCCCGGAUACGAGGACGUGGACCUGCGGUUAAAGUGGCCCAAUGACAUCUACUACAGUAACCUGAUGAAGCUCGGCGGGGUUCUGGUCAGCUCCACCGUCACGGGUCAAACCUUCAGCCUUCUGAUCGGCUGUGGGUUCAACGUGAGCAACAGCAACCCGACCGUCUGCAUCAACGACCUGGUGCUGCAGCUGAACCAGGAGCACGGCCACAGCCUGGACACACUGACUCCGGAUCAGCUGAUUGCACGAUCGGUCACACUGCUGGAGCGCUACGUCUCUGACUUCCAGCUGCGCGGCCCGCAGGCUCUGAUGGAGCUCUACUACAGCAGAUGGGUGCACAGCGGCACACGUGUGCGUCUCUGGAGCGAGGACGGGCCCGAGGCUGAGGUGGUGGGGCUGGAUGAGAACGGUUUCCUGCAGGUGAGGACAGGAGAUCAGGUCGUGUCUGUGCAGCCGGACGGAAACUCCUUCGACAUGCUGAGGAACCUGGUGGUGACCAAAACCAGCUGAAGAUCUCCAGCAAACGUCUCCACAGCUGGAAACAACUACACUGAAAACUUCAUUUAAUACAAAUUAAUUUAGCAGAAA